AUGUGUGGUUGCACUAUUAUUUUCACCUCGCCGCAGCAGAAGAACUACGACAGCGUUUGGAAACAGGCUGAAGGUCGUUCAGAGCGCUAUUUCAUGCCAGUGUGGUCGGAAGAGGAGGUGCUGAACCACUGGAAAGCUGGGGGCAUACUGCAGGUUUGCAAGCAAGAAGCAGACGUGAAGAUGGCAUAUGCCAUGAUUGGAGGGAGUGUGCGAUACUUGGGCAAAUUGCUGGUGGCAGUAGCCAAGAAGAAGACCACUCUGGAAGAGGAAGCAAAGCAGAUGAUUCGCGACUGCGUCGUGAAGUGCACGUUUGAAGACUUGUGUCAGGCUGCUGACAGUGGCGGUGCAGACAUAGAUGCACAGAACAACAGGAGCAAGAUGAGUCGGGUGCUUCACAUCCAUUCGGAUGCCAAGUUUCAGACGCCCAAUGUGAAGUUGAUUGAGUCCAAGGUUUGCAAAUCCAAGAAGGUGGAGCUUGUUUGCACUGCAUUGAAGAAGAAGGGCAAGAAAGCGUCAGCUGAAGUCAAAAUGUGCAUCCCGACGCUUCAGAAGAUGCUCAAGAAGUUGGGUGAGGGCAAGAACAUCACGCUUUGGCUACUGCAGGUCACGAAGGUCCACUCGGCGGUGAACGCGGCCUGCAGCGGGGACGUUUGCCAGCGGGGCGCGGAUCUGCAGAGCUGCGCCCGGCUCAUCAAGGAGAAGCCCCAGGAGCUUCAGGUAGCCAGUGACCUUGUCACCGGGGCCUUGCUGCGUGCUGGGAACUUCGAGCGGGCGCGGAUGUUCAACGAGCUCCUGGACCGAAAGCGCCCGGCCGCCUUCGCGGCGCUGAGCCGGGUCUUCGUACAGACCAGCUACGAGGAGCGCUUGAAGCUGCUGAGGUUCUCCAAGGACCUGUUCGCUUUGACCGAAGGCCCGGAGGCGGAAAAGGCCUCGAUGCAGUUCAUGUCCCAGGCAUGUGCAGACGAGCUGGAGCUGCUGUCGGCGCAGGCGGGGUUGGAGGAGAAGGCCAGCGCGAAGAACUGGGGCCGCGGCCGGGAGGUGAGGUUUCUGGGCCUGCCGCUGGUGACGAGCCUCCUCAAGCUCAUCGAGCUAGAGGAGGUGAAGGAGGCCGACGAGCUGCGCGCGAAGAUGCGGAUGGUGGACAAGCGGUACUGGCGCAUCAAGAUCCGGGGCCUGGCGAGUUGCGGGAACUUCGACGAGCUGAACGCCUUCGCCAUCUUGGCCUCGCCCAUUGGUUACGAGCCCUUCGUCGAGGCCUUCCUGAAGGCCGGGCGAAACGACUUCGCGCUGGCCUUGGUGCCUAAGGUGAAGAGCGGGGAGCAGCAGGCGCUCUACUACCAGCAGAUGAACCUCCACGAGGAGGCCCAGCGGGCGCGCCAGGGCCAGGACAGGGGCGCGGGGCGGCUGCUGAACUUCUUCGCCGGGCGCUGA